UUGACUCUUUAACACAGAAGUCAAAAUUUACUUUCAAAAUUGAAGUAAAACUUUUUGUGUGUUUAUUUUUUAAUAAAAAAUAAUGUUUUUGAACUGAAAAUUUUCCCGAAUAAAAAUUAAUCAAGAUGUUGAUGUCAUCGUCGGUAGAAAUAAAAUUACAUUCUUGGCCCCACGUUUACGAAGAUAUCGUGUACACCCCGGCGGUUUUAUCAAAAGUAAUCUCAGCUUCAUUUUCCAACGACAAUUGUUACAUGGUAUUCGUUUCGGAAAAAGCGAAACCGGAAAUUAUUUUUCUUAAAGAUGCGUACGAUGUCAAGAAAAUCCACACUUUAGCGGCCCUGGAUGAUGUCACGUCCGUUUGUUUCCAAUUAAAAACAAAACGGAUUAUAGGUUGUGGAACGUGUUUGGGACAAGUUGCACUUUAUGAUACUCAAAGAAAAACAAUUAGUAAACUCUUUGGAAACGUACCAUCAUCAGUUAAACACGUUGAUUUUAAUGUAUCUGAUCAACAUUUAGCUGUUUCUUGUUCAAGCGGAAGUGUUGUUCUUUAUGAUGUUAUAGAUGGUCAUUGCUGUGGAAAUUAUAUUAUUUCGGAUAUAGUCGAACCUACAUCAUUAAAAUUUCAUCCAAGGGAGGAAAAUAUUUUAGCUGCUGCGAGUGAAGAAGGUGUUAUUAUGUUAUGGGAUACAAAUACAGCUAAUAAAACAUUUUCAGCCCAAACUCAUACGGCUGCUAUUGCUGGUAUUGCUUACGGAAAAAUAGAUCAUGAUGUAGUAGUAACCGUUGGUGAAGAUAAUAAAUUUUGCGUUCACGAUGUUGGUAUAAAAGAAUGUGUUUUUCGAAGUAGCACUCAACAUGGAUUAAGUGCUGUUGAUGUUAGUCCGGAUGGAAAUACAAUCGCAAUUGGUUCAAAUGAAGGAUUUAUUUACAUGUACGACGUAAGAAAUCUAUUACAUCCCAUUACAUGUUGGAAAGCUCACUCAACAAAAGUAACGAAAUUAAUGUUUACGAGAAAAACAACCAAAAAAAAAGUUUUAAAGAAAGCAUUUUCGGAACAAACCAAAAAGGUUGUGUCAUCUCAGUUAGAAAUAUCGAAAAGUAAUCAAAAAAUUCCUGAACCAGCUAUUAGAAAAAAUUCAACGGGGGUUCAACCUGAACCGGAAAAUCAUCAUAUGAUGAUGUCACCAAGGAUCCGAACUGAUUAUAUUGAUAAAAACAAUUUCUUGAAAAAUAUUAAAAUUGAAUUAAUGGAUUCAUUGAAAAAAGACGCAGAAGAAUUAAAUAAUCAUCUUAAAGAGCAUAUUGUCAAUUUGGAAUCAUACAUUGAAAAUGAAUUUAUUAAAAUGGACGUGCAGAUGACGCAAAAAUUUGAGAAUCUGUAUGAUGAAAGGGUUAAAAAACUUUCGGACCAUCUUCCAAAUGUUAAUUUUUUAUAAAAUGAAUUUAGGUGUUCUAUCUUUAUAUUUUGUUAAAUAAAAUGCUUUAUAACUAUCUAAAAAAGUAACUUGAUGAUAGCUUAUAUAAUGAUAUAAAGGAAUCAAUAAAAAGUGAGGUUAUAAACUUAA